AGGCAAAGCAAUAGCGAGCUCAUUCAAAAGGUCUACAAGUAUAUACCGUAUCUAAGAAGAUGUCCUCAGCACAAACCCCAGCACCUGGCACUGCAGCAGCAACAUUCGACAAGUCCAGCAAUGCAUACGAGCGAAUGACCGGCGGAUGUACCAGAGAAGUCGCGCAGUUCCUACUCACCCUUGAACCAAAGCUCGAUGCAUCAUCUAUAAUCCUCGACAACGCCUGUGGAACGGGUAUAAUGACAUCUGAGAUCCUGGAUCUGUUUCCCAACGCAAAGCCCAGGGUAUAUGCCGCAGACCUCGCGCCAUCCAUGAUUGCCAAUUUCAGUGCCCUGGCUCGGGCGAAAGGUUGGUUAAACGAGGGCGACAACGACUUGACAAUCUGUGUUAUGGAUGCGGAAGAUUUGACGUACCCUGAUAACACCUUUACACAUUCGUAUACGAAUUUAGGGUUUCCGUUCUUUCCACAGGCUGAGAAGGCCGCGGCUCAUGUGUAUCGCACAUUGAAGGUCGGAGGGACUGCGUUUAUCUCGACUUGGUCGAAGCUUGGAUAUCUCAGGCCAGUCCAGGAAGCUCAGCUGAGGGUUCGCCCAGACUCGAAGCCGUGGGAAAUACCCAUGCCAGAGGAGUGGCUCACGAGGGAGAAGCUGAUUGAGGUGCUGGAGAGGGGAGGGUUUCACAGCGAGAAUAUCCAGAUUCAGGAACGGACUGUCGGGUACAAGGGAAAGGAUUUGGAUGAUUUGAUCGAUAUCAUGAAGGCGUCCUUUGAGGGACAUGUUACGAAUGGAUGGACCGAUGACGACAAGGAGAAAUGGGUUAGAGAGCUGCGCAAUAGUCUGAGCGAAGAUGAGAGGGAAACGGCAAGGAUAGAGAUGCUUGCAUGGGUGGCUGUUGCGCAGAAAUAGGUUGGUGUGCCUGCUCUAUACCUAGACAGGACCACAAGCUUGUGACGAUGAGAAAGUGCCCGGUUUGAUUAUGUCUGUUAUUCAUGUGUUGGUGCAAGGUUACAAGUAUGCGGUUGCCUACAUGGCGUUGUUAUCCACCACCAUGUUGUGAUAGAAAUGCAGAAGGACUUGUGUAAUUGUCAUACAUUUAGUUUAUAACCGUCAUAAGCACCU